AUGAGUUUUAAAGGCUUCCAGAAGAGUAUUGCGCGUGCGCCACAGCAGUUCAAGGUCAAGUUCAACAUCGGUGAGCAUUCCAAGGAUGCUGUCUAUACCGAUGCCGAACGCCGCUUUGAUGAGCUCGAGCGAGAGACCAAGAAGCUCCACGAUGAGUCCAAGAAAUACUUUUCUGCCAUUAAUGGCAUGUUGAGCCACCAAAUUGAAUUCUCCAAAGCAGUCGCCGAAAUCUACAAACCCAUCUCCGGUCGCGCCUCCGAUCCCACCUCCUACCAAUUCGAAGGAAAUGCCGAGGGCAUCCAGGCCUGUGAGGAAUAUGAAGUCAUUGUCCAGGAACUCCAAGAGGCCCUAGCCCCCGAGCUGGAGAUGAUCAACAGCCGCAUUAUCAGCCCGGCCGACCAGCUGCUCGAGGUGAUCAAGGUGAUCCGGAAGGUCGCGGUUAAGCGUGAUCACAAGAAGCUGGACUUUGAUCGCCGCAACGCGACACUGAAAAAGCUCGAAGAGAAAAAGGACAAAUCGCUCAAAGACGAGAAAGCACUAUACAAAGCCGAGAACGAUGUUGAGGUGGCAACCCAGGAGUUUAACUAUUACAACGAUUUACUAAAGGACGAACUGCCCAAGCUGUUCGCCCUCGAAGCCGAGUUCAUCCGCCCGCUCUUCCAGUCUUUCUACUAUAUGCAACUCAACGUCUUCUACACCCUCCACGAACGAAUGCAGGGUAUGAACAUCGCCUAUUUCAAUCUUGAACUCGACGUGGAAGAGGCCUUUGAGCAGAAGCGCGGCAAUAUCCAGGAACAAGCUGAAGCCCUUACCAUCGUGCACUUUAAAACCCAAGGCGUCCGCCGCUCUGGAUCCAAACUAGGCCCUCCGGGCAAGGCAGGCGAUAUCAAGAGAUCCGAUAGCAAGAGAUCCGAUACCAAAGGCUCCAUCGGCCGAGGCCGUUCCGCCUCCACCGCCACCGAUGACAACCCUCCACCACCUUAUUCGUCUGCCGGCGCUAGCCCGACAGGCAGCUUCUCUUCCGCCGCCAAGAGCAAGGCCGCCCCGCCUCCUCCAAAGGCGAAGCCGUCCCAUCUCAGUAAGCCGGUUGAGACUGUCACCGCUCUUUAUGACUACGAGGCUCAGGCACACGGUGAUCUGGGAUUCUCAGCUGGUGAUGUUAUUGAGAUUACCCAGCGCUCUGAAAAUACCAAUGAAUGGUGGUCUGGGCGAAUUGGAGGUCGGGAGGGCCAGUUUCCGGCCAACUAUGUGGAACUGAAUUAG